UUGCAAAAAGUACUUAUCUGAAAAGGUGCUUGUAUAAGUAAUCUCAGACUCUUUGAGAAGACCAAGAAAGAAACCAAGAAGAAUAAGAGAAAGAAGGAAAAGAAAAAGUAGUAAGUAAUGUUUAGUUCACACGUAAAUAAGAACUUAUUUUAAAAAUUACUUUUUAAAAUUAUUAAAAAAAAAGUUUUUUUUGAAAAGGUGUUUUUUUGAAAAAAACAAAGUGCUUAUUUGUGGAAUGACGGCCAGCAGUGUGAACGACGGCCACGGUUGGUGAAUGACGGCCACCUACCAUGGUAGGUGAGCCAUUGCCACCUACCAUGGUGGGUGAACCACCACCACCUACCAUGAGAUCUUGCCACAAGCCAGAGGCUAUAAAUUGAGACCCACCACCGAAGCUAAACUACAAAUCUCAACUACAAGUUGUGUCCUCUUCUGUUUUUUUUUCCAUAUUUUAUUCUUUGUGUACAUGUUAAAUAGGGACCCGAGUAUGUAAAGAAUACACAAUUGAAUAUACAAUUGAUUCAUUCUCAUUCUCUACAUGGUAUCAGGGCUCGAGUUACUCUAAAACCCUAAGCAAUCCAUGGCUGCCCAAAAAGGAGACAGCCAUGAGUCCAGCCAGUAGACAGCCUAGGAAGGAGAGUUGGAGAUAACCUCCUCCAUGGGCUCGGCUGGUGUAUUUGAGAAUUCCCCACUCCAUCUUACUGUUGAAAAAUUCAAUGGUAAGAAUUACAGAGAAUGGGCACAAUCAAUCAAGCUUGUUAUCGACGGUAGGGGAAAGCUCGACUUUCUUAUCAGUGAGACUCGGCGACCACCUCCUACCGAUGCAGUGGCAUCCCAGAAAUGGCGGUCUGAGAACUCCUUGAUGACUUCAUGCUUGAUGAACACUAUGAAGCCAACCAUUGGAAAAACAUACUUGUUUCUCCCGACGGCAAAGAACGUGUUGGAUGUGGUGUGUGAGACAUACUCUGAUGCUGAAAAUGCUUCCCAGAUUUUCAAGUUGAAGACACAACUAUGGCUGACGAAGCAAGGAGAUCGGGAAGUCACGGAAUACUACAUCAAGAUGCUCGGACUAUGGCAAAAACUUGAUCUCAGCUGCGAAGAGGAAUGGGAAUGCACGGGUGACAGUGUACGUUUCAAGAAGAAGAUGGAGAACGAGAGAGUAUUUGAGUUUCUGCUAGGGCUGAACCGAGAGCUUGACGACUUGAGGAGCAAGAUUCUAGGUUGCCGGCCACUGCCCACCAUUCGAGAAGUCUUCUCUGAGGUUCGGCGUGAGGAAAGUAGGAGGAACGUGAUGUUGAAGGAGUAAAACAAGUCUGGGCCCGAGGCAUCAGCUCUUAUAACCCGUGGGCCUCAUACUGGAUCUAGCCCAAAACAGUCCAGAAGGCCCUAUUGUGAGCAUUGCAAAAAAAGGGGCCAUAAUAAAGACACCUGCUAAACCUUACAUGGAAAGCCCAUGGAUUAGAAGCCCACACAAUCCAAUAAAGCCCAUGGUCAUCACGCCUCCAUCGAAACCCAGGAAAAAAAAAUACCGACAGAAGCCCAUGACUCGACAGCUUCUAGUGGGGGAUUUAAUUCCGACCAACUUGUGAAAAUAUAUGAGCUAUUUUCCAAUUUCCAAGCCUCGGGUCAAUCCGCUAAUACUAGGUCAUCUAGCUCUUUAGCCCAUAAAGGACCUAUCAUUGGGGAAGACGUUUGGUAGUGCUAAGGAAUGUGACGGGCUAUACUACUUUGACUAAGCUAAUGUGAAUGGACCAUGUCCUCCUAUUGUUUGUAAUUUUGCAUGUAGUCCUAGGGAAAGUAAACUUUUGUUAUGGCACAAAAGGAUGGGACAUCCUAGUUUUUAGUAUUUGCAGCAAUUAUUUCCUUCAAUAUAUUCGAAUAAAAUUGCCUUGGAUUUUCAGUG